AUGAUCGUGUACGAUGAGAAGACAAUUGGAGAUUCUGCGCACUGUGAUCGCACAUGGAACCCCAAUAGAAGUGGAGACCACUCACCCCAUCAUCAUCUGCAAAAGACACAGAAGCCUUUGGCGGAGAGAUGGCUGCCUUAUGACAAAAUCCACAAACGAUACUUACUUUUCGAUUCCAAGCCCAGAUUGAGAAACCACUAUCGAGCGCACAGAUUGUCCUUCUGGCUGAACCUGGUGCCUCAGCUGCUGACGGAUGUGGACGACGAUCAGUUCGCCGCUGACUCCAGCUGACCUUUUGUUGCUAUUGUAGCCUCAAGAACAGUUAGUUUUCUACGUAUGGCGAGCAUGUUUGGUGAGCCAUGUUUUCAAAGGGGAAAUAAAAUUUUCAGAAUAUA